CAUCACCAGAACCAGCAACUCCAACAGCAGCACCAGAAUCAGCAGCAGGCCCAGAAUCAGCAGCAGCAGAACCAGAUGCACCAGACGAGGAUUCAGCAGCAGCAGAUGGUGCAGCUACAGCUCCAGCAACAACAUGCUCAAGCUCAAGCUCAAGCUCAGGCUCAGGCUCAAGCUCAAGCUCAAGCUCAGGCUCAAGCUCAAGCUCAGGCCCAGGCUCAGGCCCAGUCCAUUCAGCAAAUGGUUCAUCAGCAGCAGCCUCAGCCAGGUCAGAUAGCUCCGCACUCGCAGCAGCCUGGCAUGGUGCCUCAGUCUCUGCCCGGACAGAUGACAUCUGCUCAGCACGUUCCCAUCAACUCGCUGAGUCAGCAACAGCAGCAGCACCAGCUCAAGAUCCAGGCCUUCCAGGCUCGUGCAGCCUUGCAGCAGCAGCAGCAGGUCCAGCAUGCGCAGCAGGCAGCGCAGCAAGCCCAGCAGGCCGCAGCUCAGGCACAACUCAACGCAGCCGCCGCUGCGGCCGCCGCUGCCACCGGUGGCGGACCCGGACAGUUGGUUCGUCCUGGGAUUCCAAUUCCAAACCGUUUACCCCGAGCCGCCCUCAACCCCUCCAUCCCUUCUCCGAAUGCUGCCGCCGCAACUGUCGCUGCAGCUGGAGGACAGCAGAUGACACAG